AACCAUCAACUGCUCCUUUUUCUACAAAAUUUAAUAAUAUAAUAUCUCUUCAAAUUCCCACUUUACCCUUACUUAAUCCCCAAAAAUUACUUUCUCAGACAUUCCUCUUUCCAAAUCAUUCCUUCCUCACUCCUACAUCUCCGCCAUCUCCCCCUCUCUCUUCUCCCACCACUUUCUCUCUCUACCUUCCUCACUCCCUCAUGCAGUCCACCAAAAGUCGCCGGAGAAUCUCUCCGGCGGGGGACUCCGACAUUUUUUCUGGUGGUGAUAAGCAAGAUCACCUCCUCUCCUCCGCCGUCUGUAAUGGCGAAGACCUUUCUCCCUUUGUUCGGAAAGCUUUCGCUGCUGGAAAACCUGAAACUCUUCUUCAAAAUCUCAAAGCUUUUACUCGUUCUAAAGAAUCUGAGAUCGAAGAAGUAUGUAAAGCGCAUUAUCAAGAUUUUAUUCUUGCUGUUGAUGAUCUUCGUUCGUUGCUUUCUGAUGUUGAUGACUUGAAGUCUUCACUUUCACUAUCUAAUGCUCAUCUUCAAUCAGUUGCUCAACCUCUGCUUUCUUCUCUUGAUGCGUUUAUUGAAACUCGGAAUAUUAACAAUAAUCUUUUGGUUUGUUUGAGUUCAGUUAAGAUCUGUGUUCAGAUCGUUGAGCUUUGUGCUCGAACGAACAAUCAUUUGAAGAAUGAUCAAUUGUAUUUAGCUUUAAGAUGUGUUGAUAAUAUUGAGAGAAGUUUGUUGAAGAUUACGCCAUCUUCAACUUUGAAGAAGAUGUUGGAGAAACAUAUUCCUGAAAUUAGGGUUUAUGUUGAGAAGAAAGCGAAUAAAGAGUUUGGUGAUUGGUUAGUUGAGAUUCGAACUGUUAGUAGGAAUUUAGGUCAAUUUGCUAUUGGACAAGCUUCUUCUGCUAGACAAAGAGAGGAAGAAUUGAGGAUGAAGCAAAGACAAGCUGAGGAACAAUCCAGAUUAAGUCUUAGGGAUUGUGUUUAUGCGUUAGAAGAAGAAGAUGACGGUUUAGAUCUGGGAGUUUCUUCUGGAACUAUUGAUAGAGAAAGUGGGGGGAAUUUCGGGUUUGAUUUAACCCCAUUAUAUAGGGCUUUUCAUAUUCAUCAAAGUUUAGGGCUUGAAGAUCGGUUUAAACAGUAUUAUUUUGAGAAUAGAAAGCUUCAAUUAACUUCCGAUUUUCAGGUAUCUUCUAUGACUCCGUUUUUAGAGUCUCAUCAAACAUUUUUCGCGCAAAUUGCUGGCUUUUUCAUAGUUGAGGAUAGAAUUUUGAGGAGAGGUGGAAGGUUGAUUUCUAAAUGGGAGGUUGAAAAUUUAUGGGAAAUGGCGAUUAGUAAAAUGUGUUCUGUUUUAGAGGAUCAAUUUUCGCGAAUGCAGACUGCUAAUCAUUUGCUACUUAUUAAGGAUUAUGUUAGUUUGCUUGGUGUUUCAUUACGGAGAUUUGGGUACCCAGUUGAUGCUUUGCUUGAUGUGUUGAGUAAACACAGGGAUAAGUAUCAUGAAUUGUUGUUAUCGGAUUGUCGUAAGCAAAUUACUGACGCACUUUCAGCUGAUAAAUUUGAGCAAAUGUUGAUGAAGAAAGAGUAUGAGUACUCCAUGAAUGUGUUGGCUUUCCAAUUGCAAACUUCGGAUAUAAUUCCAGCUUUCCCUUAUAUUGCUCCUUUUUCGACCACUGUACCUGAUUGUUGUCGGAUCGUGAGGUCGUUUAUUGAGGAUUCUGUUAGCUUUAUGUCAUAUGGUGGGCAGUUGGAUUCUUAUGAUGUGGUUAAGAAGUAUUUGGAUAGAUUGUUGAGUGAAGUCCUUGAUGAGGCUUUAUUUAAGCUGAUUAAAACUUCUGUGUUUGGUGUCUCUCAAGCUAUGCAAGUUGCUGCAAAUAUGGCUGUGUUUGAACGAGCCUGUGAUUUCUUCUUUAAGCAUGCUGCUCAACUCUCGGGCAUACCUUUGAGAAUGGCAGACAGAGGAAAGAGGCAGUUCCCGUUAAAAAAGGCUCGUGAUGCAGCAGAAGAAAUGCUUGCUGGGAUGAUCAAGACUAAGAUUGAUAGUUUUAUGUCAUUGAUUGAGAAUGUCAAUUGGAUGGGUGAUGAGCCUCUUCAAGGUGGUAAUGAAUAUGUGAAUGAGGUUAUAAUCUUCUUGGAGACUCUGGUUUCUACAGCUCAGCAGAUAUUGCCGCCACAAGUUCUAAAGAGGGUGUUGCUAGAUGUUAUGUCCCAUAUAUCUGAAAAGAUUGUGAAUGCUUUGCAGGGAGAUAUAGUAAAGAAAUUCAAUGUAAAUGCAGUCAUGGGACUUGACAUUGAUGUUCAAUUAUUAGAGUCGUUUGCAGAUAGUCAGAAAUCUAUUCUCUCUGAAGAAGAUGCAAGUGAGCUGAAAUCAGGCCUAGCUGAAUCACGGCAGUUAAUUAAUUUGCUUUUAAGCAAUAAUCCGGAGAACUACUUAAAUCCUGUUAUUAGAGAGAAGACUUACAAUGCUUUGGAUUACAGGAAAGUGGUGACAAUUUCUGAGAAACUAAGGGACCCUUCGGAUAGGAGCUUUUUUGCUACGAGGGGAGCUAAACCGAAUCCCAGAAGGAAGUCUUUAGAUGCAUUGAUUAGAAGGCUAAGGGAAGUUAGCUGAUUUGACAUAGAGCUGUAAGUAGCCAAUUUGCCUUAUUUUGAGGGUGUUCUUGGUUCAGGUUUAUUGCUAGUUGUCCAUUGCUAACUAAAUAUGCAUAUUCAAUAAGCAGUGUAUUGUUCAAGGUUGUUUUUGUAUAAUCUUAUGUAUUUGAUAUCUUAUUCUGUAUGUAGUUUUUCAUAUAUAUUACAUUCAUUAAUUUUAAGGUUGUUUUUGUACAAUAGGAAGUAUUUGAUAUCUUUCUAGAGUUGUUUGUUUUGGUGCUUUA